CGCGCGCGCGAGAGAGGCGGGGGGGGGGCUACGGGAUUAAACACGUGCGAUUAUUUUUGGUAAAAAAAAUUGUAAUAUAACACUUAAUCGACCGGUCUCGUAUUGCCUGCAGAUAACCAUUGUUGUUAAUGUCGGUCGUUGCGCGCGCGCGUGUGUGUGUGUGUGCGUCUACUCCGCUCCACGUUCGUAACACUCCGAGGUACGCGUGCGUUUCAGUCAUAAGGUGUAACAAACCCCCCCUCACACACACACACAAACAUCGUUGCUGUUAUUGCUCGCGCCGCUUUGCGUUGUUAAACAACACCCCCCUCCUCCUCCUCUCCGGCGCCGGGGACAAAGACACGGGGACGACGAGACGGCGGCUCCUCGCCUCUCGCGAAGACCCACAGGGAAUGGGUGUGGAUCAGGUGGAGGAGGGAGAUGUGCCGGCAAGGGGGCUCCACCAGUGUGACAUCUGCAACCAGCUCUUUCACAAACACAGCCAGCUCCAGAAGCAUCUCCGACAGCACCAAGAAAAUGACAAGGGCCACACAUUCAGUGGACCAGACUGCAUGUCCAGACUGUGGGCGCACAUUCUCACGAAUUGCCAGCCUCAAGGCACACAUCAUGCUUCAUGAAAAGGAGGAGAACCUGAUGUGCACAGAGUGCGGGGAUGAGUUCACUCUGCAGAGCCAGCUGGAGCGCCACAUGGAUAUGCACCGGCAGGAGCUUUCAGGGGCACGCACCUUCACCUGCCGCAUCUGUCAUCAGGAGUUCCAACGCGUGUCCACGCUGCGCGAGCACAUGCGCUCCCACUACAAAAUCAGAGCUUCUCUUUCCACAAGGUCAUACAAGCGUAAUAUUGACAGGUCUGGGUUUUCUCAUCGUUGUGAACAUUGUAUGAAGACCUUCCAGAAGCCUAGCCAACUCAUACGCCACAUACGCAUACACACUGGCGAGCGCCCCUUUACUUGUGAGGAGUGCGGCAGAGCCUUCAACCAGAAAGGAGCACUGCAGAUUCACAAGGCCAAGCACACUGGAGAGCGUCCCUACCGCUGUGCCUUCUGCCCUCACACCUUCUCACAAAGAGGCAACCUUAGGGCCCACAUUCAGCGGGUCCACUCUGAUGCUAAGCCUGGAGGGGAGCAGCCAGUGUUCCAGUGUGAGGACUGCAGCUGCGUUUUCAAAAAGCUGGGCAGUCUCAAUGCCCACAUCAGUAGGAUGCACGCAGACGAGUCGUACACGAGCCAGCUGCUUGGUGAUGACACUCAGACUGUCGCAACGCCGGUGUCAGGAGCGGGAGCUCGGGGAGCCCGCGGAGUGACAGACGUGAUACAGCAGCUCCUCGACCUCUCGGAGCAGGUGUCCGCUGACCCCACCCACGGCCAGCCGCAGCUUCAGCAGUUGAACUUAGACUCGGCAUCCAUCAGCCAGGACAUUCUUCAGCAAGCGCUCGCAAACAGUGGCUUGACGGCAAUCCCGGUGGAGAGCCAAGUCGCCAGUGCCAUGGCAAGUGGCAACGAGGUGCCGACGGCGCUUCAGAGAGCGGCAGCAGCGACGAUACCGCGCUCCACGGGGAGGCCGCGCCUGCAGCUGCCCGGCUCCCUCUCGCUGGCGCGGCAGGGCGGCAAGGAGGGUGGAGAAAGCACUCGGCGCUUCUCCGGCUCCUUUGCAGGACACCGUGUUUCCCAGUAUACAGUAGGGACGUGGCGAAGAGUGAAUGGCGUGCGCUGGCACAUGUGCCCUUACUGCAACAAGGAGUUCAAGAAGCCUAGCGAUCUUGUGCGGCACAUCCGCAUCCACACGCACGAGAAGCCCUACAAGUGUACGCAGUGCUUCCGCGCGUUCGCCGUGAAGAGCACGCUUACCGCGCAUCGCAAGACGCACACCGGUCUCAAGGAGUUCAUGUGCCCGCUGUGUGACAAGCUGUUUUCAACGCAGGGUAGCCUGAAAGUCCACAUAAGACUCCAUACAGGUGCCAAACCAUUUGACUGUCCACACUGCAACAAGAAGUUUCGCACAUCGGGCCACAGAAAGAGCCACAUUGCAUCUCACUUUAAGGAUGCGCAGAUGAGAAAGCAGCGCUUUCCACGAAAGCCAAGCCGGCGCCGACUGCCAAAGCAAGACAUGGGCCUCCCAGAGAUACCUUUGCAAGAGCCCAUACUCAUCACCGAGUCUGGGCUGAUCCAGCAAGUUACCCGCAGCAGUCACAUGUACAGCCAGUACCUGCCUGAUGGAAUGUUGUCAGAUGGAUCAGGAUUAGACAGGCCUUAUCGCUGUGGCUACUGCAACAAAGCGUUCAAGAAAUCAAGCCACUUAAAGCAGCAUAUCAGAUCUCACACGGGGGAAAAACCUUACCGCUGUGGGCAGUGCAGCCGCUCCUUUGUGUCGUCGGGUGUGCUGAAGGCCCACAUUCGCACGCACGUGGGCCUCAAGGCCUACAAGUGCGUCAUGUGCGAUGGCACCUUCACCACCAAUGGCAGCCUCAAGCGCCACAUGUCCACACACAGCGAGACGAGGCCGUUUAUGUGCCCUUACUGCCAGAAAACCUUCAAGACGUCUGUCAACUGCAAAAAACACAUGAAGACGCACAGGUAUGAGCUGGCUCAGCAGUUGCAGCAGCAGAGCACGCUGCCUACCGAGCACAUGGAAGACAUGGCAAGCCACCAGGGGGACAGCUUGCAGCAGCCGUCCGCUAUCGGUGCCCAGCAGCAAGGCAUGCUUGUGCUCACACCGGAGCAGUCGACGGUCAGCAGCGAGCAGCAGGCAAUGCUGGGAUUGGGUCAGCAACAGCCUUCUGACCAGCAAGCCCUGCUCGGGUUGGCUCCGCAACAGUCUGCUCAGCAGCAAACGUUGAUCGGAUUGGAACAAACACAACAGCUGGCCGAGCAGCAGCUCGUGCAAGGGACAUCUUUGUCUCAGGAAGAAUUUGUCACAUCACAACAUGGGCUGCAGGCAAAUAUGGAUCAGUUUGAGCAACAGACUCUCAGCCAGCAGACUUACGAACAGCAAGCGCUUACUCAGGGAUUUACAAUCACGGAGAGCUUUGGCCAGCAGGGCCAGUUCACAGCUGUGCAGCAACUGCAAGCUUCCAGCACUCUCGAGAGCCAGCCUCUAACGACGACCUAUCACUCGCAGGAGAUGCUGACGUCCCUGCAGGAGUCUUCCCAGCAUGAAGUGCAGCUGUCUGCAGAGCAAUCUGAAUAUCAGUCCGAUGGAGAGGAGUCCACACGCCGCUCCUACCGAUGUGGAUAUUGCAAUAAAGGCUUCAAGAAGUCGAGCCAUUUGAAGCAACAUGUGCGAUCCCACACAGGAGAGAAACCCUUCAAGUGUGCACAAUGUGGAAGGGGCUUUGUGUCCUCUGGGGUGCUAAAGGCGCACAUGCGUACACACACAGGGGAGAAGGCGUACAAGUGUGACCUGUGCGACGCCACAUUUACCACAAAUGGCAGCCUAACACGGCACAUGGUGAUGCACACCAGCAUGCAUCCCUUUAAGUGUCCGUUCUGCGAGGAGAGUUUCCGCACUUCCCUCCACUGCAGGAAGCACAUGCGCACUCACCAGGAGCACGGCGAUGCCGACGCAGACGACGAAUGUGAGGAGGGGGAGGCGGACCGCAUGGCGGCGGCGCGGCGCUCGCGGCCCGGCAUCCUCACGCUGUCCCAGGAAGAGACGGCCGUGCUGGCCCAGUCGGGCCCCGCGGAGGCCGCCUCCGUCUCCGAGAAGCUGCUAGUGCAGUCGGCGGCCGAGCGCGACCGCGUCAGCGAGAUGAAGGACCGGCAGGAGGAGCUGGACGACGAGCCGCGACACGCCAACAAGUGCAGCUUUUGCCCCAAGAGCUUCAAGAAGCCCAGUGACCUUGUCAGGCAUCUGAGAAUACACACGGGUGAGAAGCCAUACAAAUGUGACGAAUGUGGAAAAUCUUUCACUGUGAAGUCAACGUUGGACUGUCAUGUGAAAACCCACACAGGCCAGAAGCACUUCAAAUGCCACAUUUGCAAUUCCCCGUUCUCCACCAAGGGCAGCCUUAAGGUGCACAUGCGGCUUCACACUGGGGCCAAGCCCUUCAAAUGCCCGCACUGUGAGCAGCGAUUCCGCACCUCGGGCCAUCGCAAGAGCCACAUCCAGUCCCACUUCAAGCCCUCGGGGGUGGUUAUCGGCAUCAGCGGUGGUGGGAAACAGAGGCCACGCAAAGGACCUUCUCAGCGACAGAAUUCUGAGAGCCUUCAGCCCGUCAGCAUGCUCUCCCCACCCGGGGAUCACAGCGUCUUUAUUACUAAUGGCGGUGUGCUCACAGCACAGUUUGAGCCAAGUGUGCUGCAGUCUAGCGGUAUCGUUGGCCAAGCCCUUCUUCCAGCCUCAAUCUCUGGAGGAGACUUCACGGUGUCGCUGUCAGACUCUGGACUGGCCACGCUGCAGUCUCUCGAGGGGAUACAGCUCCAGCUCAGCGCUGCAAAUCUGGUGGCACAGAAUGUGCAGAUUUCAGGCUUGGACCCAAACACCAUCAAUAACAUCACAUUGCAGAUUGAUCCCAGCCUACUUCAGCACACCCUGCAACAGAACAGCUUGCUUCAGCAACAUCUUUCAAGUGACCCAGCAGCCACGCUGGUGCAGCAAUCCGGCGGCCUUCAGCAAGCAGACGGUGCUAUGGCCCCGGGUAUCACACUGCAGCAGGCGGCAGACGCGGCGGCAGGCGGUGGGGGCGGGAUGUCUGUGUCGUCGGCGGGCUUGACCCAGAGCAUCCUGCUGCACCACAGCGAUGGCUCCCUCGUACCCAACAUGGUGCUUCAGCCGGCUUCGUCCACCAGCGGCAUGAUGCUCCAGCCGGUGGACGGAGCGGUGUCUGCUGCAAGUGUGGUGCUGCAGCCCAUGUGCUCGGUGUCCAAUUCGGGAGCGGUCACCCUGGGGUCGCUGUGCCAACAGGCCUCUGUACUGACCACUGCCAGCCAUGGAGGUUCCCAAGAGCUAUCUCAGGUCAUCUCUUCCCAGCCUUUAAUGACUUCCAGCUCCGGUCAACAUGAGAUUACAUUAACCUUGGCCAACCAGACCCUCUCAUCCACUUCAACACCUCAGUCCAUUACUCUUACUAUAUCAGGACAAGAGCUGCUGCAGCAACAGAACAGUGCCGAUGGAAGCCAUGCUGACACAGGCCUAACAACGAGUGAGCCAAGCCUGUCACAGGGCAGCUUGACGUUACCCAUGAGCGCGAUGUCCGGGGCCGGGGUCAGCGGCGAGACCGUGACCCUCACCAUCGCCGAGGCCCAGACAAUGGUCCCCCAUGGCAUGGAAUCUGUCACGCUUAACAUCACAUCUCAGGAGCAACCGUUUCCGUCAGUCUUGGGUGAGCCAAACCUCCCCGGCCAGGAGGCUGGAACGAGCCAGCAGAUGAUUCUAGUGAGCCACACAAGUGGGGCCACGGACGGAGAUGUUACCACCUUCCAGAUGGGUGAGGGCUGCAUGAGUCUGACGGACGAGAGCCCAAUGGAGGAGGAGGAGGAAGACGAAGAGGAGCCACCCAUCGUAUGCCCUGAGUGCCACCAGCCCUGCACCUCACCAAUGCUCUUGCGUCAGCACCUGCGAUUGGUGCAUGGGGAGGACCGCUUGCACACUUGCCCUUUGUGCAGCAAAAGCUUCAAGAGGGCCACCCACCUCAAGGAGCACAUGCAGACACACGAGCCGGGAUCCUCUGCCUCUCGGCAGAAGCCACGCCUCUACAAGUGUGACCACUGCGAUAAGUCAUUCGCCAAACCCAGCCAGCUGCAAAGGCACAACCGUAUUCACACAGGUGAACGGCCGUACAUUUGCCAGGUGUGCGAUAAGGCUUUCAAUCAGACAAAUGCUCUUCAAAUUCAUAUGAAGAAGCACACUGGAGAAAAGCCCUACAAAUGCCAGUACUGCGACAUGGCUUUCUCUCAGAAGGGCAACAUGAAGAUCCACAUAAAGAGGGCACACGAGAUUUCCCAAGGUUCGCUCGACAGGACAGGGAGUAGUGAACACGAGAGCGCAGAGGGACAGGAGCAAGACAACGACGACGUGGGAAACAUGGACCUGUCUUCUGUGGUCAACGACAUUUUCUAGCGGCUGAGGUGUAAAGCUUCCGCCCUAAUGAAGGCCGUUGUCUACGUCACGAGGCAUGCGGCUAAAAAAAAAAAUUCUCGCUAAAAAUGAGCACGUGUUAAUAGUGUCGUGUGAACAACACGCCGCCCAUUUAAUAUUGUCACGCACGGUGUUAGAUGAUCAACACUACCAGAAGAGAGCCUUAUCAGCAUAAAAAAAAAACACAUUGAUGAACACAAAUGGGCGUCCUCUAAACAAAAUGAGCGUGCCAUUGCCAUCGUUCGUUAAUAAGCUUUUUCUACCGUUGUGUUUGUAAAUAAUUUCGAAAUGACAAAAAAGAGAAACUAUUUACGGUUAUUUAUGGUGAAUUUAACUGCUGCUUCAUUUUGGUACAAAAGUUCCCUUUAUGUGUUAUUCACAUUAUGCACAAUGCUCAAAGUAUGCAUUGGCCACAUCUAAAAAGAAGUGCCAGCCUUCCGCUUAAAUGUGUUGUCGGUGACGUUACAGUGUUUGCGAGGGCAAUUGUGUCCCUUCAAUAGCCAUUAUCGCGCCUAUUUAAAGAGAUUUUGUGGAAGUGGGAUGUGAGCAUAUAUUUAGAUUUUCUUUUUAAAUAUACUAUAUAUUUAUGUGAUGGAUAAUGUAAAUUAUUUCUCAAGACUGCUUUUCUGUUCAUUCCAAAGAAUAUUUUUGUAAAUAAAGAUUGUUUCAUACAGAUGAACACAUUUUGCUUUGCAAAAGCAACAUAGUUUUUUUUAGGUUUAUUUAGGUUUUUAUUUUAUUUGAUGUCUUCACAGUGACACUAAAGAAAAAACAUACCUUGUGUCUUGAGUUUCUUUGUACCUGCGAUAACGCUCAAUGUUUCCUGUGAAUCUCCACCAGAGUUCUUACGAAGCAAGUUGACCUGUUCCAAAACUCAUGCAACAAAAAUUGUUAGAACUAUUUGUGAUAUGGGAACACAGUGGCGAUACAACAGCGACCCGUAAAUUGUAACUCAUUUCGUACUUAUAUGAAGUAAAUAUAGCAUUAUGUAUUAUCUGAAUUAUUGCGGUUGCACUAAUUUUUUAAAUAUUAAUAAUAAAAUAACGUGGUGGUUUUGCAAGAGGCAUUUAACCUUCAUUUCCCUUGUCCUACAGUUGAUGGAUGGGCCAGUAGAAAUUAGGGCGCCAAACGUUCGAGACACAAUUCUCAGGAGAAACUGAUGGUAGCAUGAGUAAGAAGAGUACUUUUAUUUAUCACGUUUUAUUUCCUUGCAAACAAAUGUAUAGGUUUUUUUAAAUUGUUAUUUUUCCCUGGCCGAUUGCUUUGCUAAUACCUUGGCAGCAAAUAAAAAGCCGUCUUGCUCGAUAGCAAAAACAACCAUGAGCCAAUAAAAACACAGCCUUCUUUAUUUCCCUCCCUGGUAUCAUUUCAUUCAGACUUCCUUUAUAUUUUGACAAUUAUACCGAAGCGUGGCACUAAGCGAUUUAUUCUAGCAGCAGUGCCAUUGCUCAUCAAACAGAUAUCAUUUUUCCUCAUUGGGGUAUAAAAAGGUGGCAGGAGUGUAUUUUGAGAAGUGGAGUUUAUAACAUUUGGUGCCCUUUGUUAAUGUAUGCUUGCACACACAAGUAAAGUGAUAUCUGCUGGUAUAUUUACAAUGUGCAAAAAAAUCUAAUAUAUUUUCUCUUACUGUAAAUAGUAUAAAAAUUUGAACAAAUGAACGUUGCUAGCCCUUACCUUGUGUCUAUGACAAGGUGUUAGUAGAAUAAUAGUUGUCAAUGGGAAUGAGGUAUGUUUAUGGAGCAUAUUCAAUUAAGUGUCUUUUUACCUAAUUUUUUUGCUACUACUUAUACAUCUUCUGAUGUACGUCUAGGAAAAGUAAAUGGACAAAGCACAUUUUGGAUCUGUGUACGUGUCUGUCCAAAUUGAGGACAGCCAUAAUAAAUGAUGCCUUGAAAAACUAUUGUUUUUUAUGCACACUUAAUCAGUAACAGGUUUGUAAGGCAACCACCCCUGUAUGCAGUUUGACAUCAUAGCUGCCUACACUUGUGUUUUUGUUGUUUUCGCAUUAAAUCCAACAUGCAAACAGCUACCCCUGGGAGUUGCUCGCGGUGUGAAUGGCAGUAUGUGCCUUCAAUGCAACUUGUGUUCCAGUGCAGUAAAUUCCACGUUGCACACUGCGUAUAAUUUUUGCCGCAUGCCUCUUUAGGGACGAACUAUUGCACUAUAAUUUAUUGUUUUGUUUCAGUUUUCUUAAAAAAAAAUGUUAGCGAUAGCCAUUUUUAUUUUUGGGAUUAACUACCUCAGAUUAUUUGAUGCAUGUGCCAUGUCGUUUGCUGUGCUUCUGUAAAUUCAUGAAUGAUGGUUAUGUGGAUGAAAAGUUCAACAUCGUAUAAAUAUUGUGACCACCUUGCCCACGAUUAAAAUUACAGGACAAAUGCAAGUGCUUUGUGAGAAUAUAUUUUUUUAUAUAAAUUGUUUCAGUGCUAAAGUUUGGUGUCCAAUUUGGGUCAGUUUAUUUCCUUAAAAUCAGAUUUUAGGGCAUUUAUCUUGAUAAGCUAAAAAUAUGUAUGGUAAUUACAAUCGGUUUUACUUACAAACAACAUAUACUUGUUGGAAAAUGCGUUUUGCUCAUGGAUCCGUUGUGAAAGUAUUCCGCGUUGGUCUUAGAAACUGUGCAGUGGAAGAUAACGGUACAAUUGUGAUGGAAUGUUCUGUUCAUCGUAUAUUUACAGUCCAUACCAUAUACCCACAUCUAUUGUAAUGUUAUGGCCAACUUUCCAUAUUUUUUUGUGUAAUCCGUGCUCCAAAACACAGUGCAAGUAUCACAGCUUGUGAAAUUAACGGCAGUUCCUGAUAAUCCCAUCUCUUAAUCCCUGGUGGCUGUCUCGGCCCACGAUCAUGCGAGUACCGUAAAGGGGUUUUGCGAGUGCCCUUUGCCGUGGAGGAAACCCAAGCUUUCCCAAUGUUACGUCAGGAAGGUUUAUCUUUUGUGAUGCACGUACUUCAGUCACUGUUUAAGAAGCAUUGCUGGGCCUCUCGACACUUCUUACCUUUUCAACACCAGCCCUUGCUAAACCUGGGAGCGUGAAGUCGACCCCAUUUUACAUUCUGCAUGUGCAUGCACCACAGUUUGAGUAAGCACGUAAUUUGUGUAUUUUAUAUUUUAAACCUUGCUUGUACUAGGGGAAUGCAAACAAAUGGGGUUUCAAAGGUUGUCCUAAUUAUUAGAUCAAUAGAUUAGAACAUCCUUCGCGUAAUCAUUAAAAUGCGAAAAAAACAGCGUUCGAACUUUUUUUUCUUGUACGGUGACACCUUGAAUCUUAAAUUGUCAGGCUUUAUUUUCCGACGGGUAAGGUAUCGUAGAAUCGACAAUACAGAAUUCUUGUGCACUAUCGUCUUACGUUCGCUCGAGUGUAACAAAGAUUUGUUGGUUCAAUAUUGUAAGCGCGCGCAUGUGGGCACUUGAGCAAAGUUUGCACAAGGAGUCAAAUGACCCAGGGGAAACAUCGAGAGAGAGAGAGAAGAAAAAAAAGAAGUCUUUAGACAUGUUAAAUAUUGCACGCGUGUUAAAUUUGCAAUGCACUCAGUGGACGGGGAAUACACCAGCCGUAACACGGCACUGACAGUGCAGUUCUCCAGGCGUGAGUCUCAGAUUGCUCCAAGGUUGAACGUAUUUGACGGUUGAACGCGGCCCGUUUACUUGGGCGCUGAGAGACUGCGGGGUCUCCGGGGAUGAGCACACCAAGCGAAGCAUUUGACAGUCGUAGAACCACACACUCCAAAUAAAGCGACCUCUGUUCACUUUGUCGCAGCCGAAAUGAACCCGCAGCAUUGUCUCUUUCGUUUCUGGCUCUGUGACGGCUUCAAGCUUAACCCCUCUGCACAGUUAAUCUUGCCGCGCUGCCGAGAUAGUGACGUCUUUUCCUGUUAUAUAUUGAUAAAUGAUGUACUGGUUUUCAUGUUUUGAAUUUUUAUGGAAUAAUAUACUCCAACCUCUCGUGUUUCAGCACCUUAAACCUUAUCAGACAGUGCUGGCUGAGGAAAAAUGUCCACACACACACACGCACGCGCAAAUAUAAACAUUCGUAUAUAUUAAUAACUUAUUUUAAGCAACGUGACUAACAAACGCAGCAGCAACAACAACAACAAAACCACACCGUGGAAAGAUAGCGGCCGAGGAGGGUCGCAGCAUCGCAUAUUCACAAUUGGUGGUCGCUUUCCUCCACCCGUUGCCAACGCAAUGCAUCGCGUGCGCGUUUCGGCGUCAAGCGGUGAGCACCGCCGAUUGCGGGGUCGUGCAGCCGAGUCAGCCAGCGCGUACGCGCGCAGGUAAUAAACUUGUCCAGCUCGGGUCCGCGCUGCGGCGGGCGCUCCACGCGUGUCCUGCUGUGGGAGGAUGAAAAUGAUGGAUACAGGCUUGAGGGGAGGAAAGCGCAAGGGCUUGAUGUAGCUUGGUCCCCGCUGAGAGGCUGCGAUAAUGAUGGAUCCAGAUGUACGCGGACGGAACGCCUCGCCGUAGCGCUGCCUCGGCCGCUCGCUGCGAGAGCUGUCUGACCUCAUUCGUUAGCCCAUGGGGCUGGCAGAAUACAUACGGCAAUCAGCCAUUGUUAGCGCGAAAAAAAA